AAAGAUCUCUCUUCUUCCUUGAAAGUUUCCAUAGUAUUUGCAGUCAUGGGGAAUUGUUUAAGGCACCAAAAAAAGUCAUCUUGGGUUGUUGAUAAUGAUGAUGAUGAUUGGCAAGCUAUGGUGUCAGCUCACGGGGAAGGAGGAGAUAACGGUGGUGGGAUUAGCAUUACGGAGGAGGAGAGGUUGCUUGGUGGCGGUGGCAAGCGAGGAGAUGUGCAAAACACUAGCAGAGAAGUGAAGAUAACCAUUUCUAAAAAGGAGCUGGAGCAAUUGGUAAAGAAGGUGGAACUGCAAGGUUUGACUCUAGAACAAUUCUUGUCCAGGGUGAUUAACGGUGGCGCUGAUUUAUAUGAGGUGGAGGAGCAGCAGCCUCGGCCAUGGAAACCGAUGCUGCAAAGCAUCCCCGAAUAAGUGGUGGAUGAUGAUGAUUACGACAAUUCUAGGAUUUUUCCUUAAUCUAAUCAGUUCUCUUUGGUUCUGGUCAUCCUUUAGAUGCAUGGCUGGAAACUAGAUUGGUUUUGUUUUGUUCCCCCCCCCCCCUCUUGAGUUAUUUGUAUUGUACAAACACAAUAUAGGUCUGUUGUGUAUAUCCAGACUAGACCUCAAACGUUUUGAUAUGUAUAUUUUUUUGUUUAAUUAAUAAUAUGGUUCCGAAAUUUAUGAGUGA